AUGUUUUCAAUUCCGAGUUUGUACGAGCUGGGGACGUCUUGUCCAGAUUCUUAUGAUCACAUGUUUCAUCAAGUCCUGAUGAGUUCUCAAGCGGACGGCCAAGAUCAAAACCCAACGAUGAGCAUGAUGAGCCCAAAAUCGGUGGCCGAGGCUAAAGCGCUAGCGGCAAGUAAUAGCCACAAAGAGGCCGAACGGCGUCGGAGGAAGAGAAUCAACGGCCACAUCGCUACCCUCAAGGCCAUCCUUCCCAACAACAUUAAGGCGGACAAGGCAUCGCUAUUAGGAGAGGCGGUCCGGCGGGUGAGGGAGCUGAAGAAAACAGCGGCGGCGCUGGCGAGCUCGCCGGAAGCCACCGAAAAUCCGACAACGACCAGCGUCGGCACAGCACUAAAUAAGGUGAUGUUCCCAAGCGAGACGGACGAGCUGAAGCUGAACCGGUGCGAAGGGUCGGGGCUGAUAAGGGCGAGCCUUUCGUGCGAGGACCGGCCGGAGAUGAUAGCGGACAUGAUAGAGGCCCUGAAGGGGGCGGAGGCGAGGGCGGUGCGGGCGGAGAUGUCGACGGUGGGCGGGCGGAGCAAGAGCGUGGUGUGGGUGGAGAUGGCGGGGGAGGCUGACGUGGCGGUGGGGACGCUGCGGAGGGCGUUGAGGGGGGUCAUCGAUAAGUCUAAUCCCUUGGCGGCUUCCGGCCAGGGCCUGCCGGGGAACAAACGCCCACGUUACUAUCACUUCUGA